AUGGUAUUAGAGAAAACGUCCUCUAGUUUAGGAAAUAGAUUGCCUAAUUUUGAUGCUGAUUAUUUCCGUGAAUUAUUAUCUCUUGCUAUUGUGGAGCCUGAUAUGCCAUUUCAGUUUGUAGAGUUCAGGGGUUUUAGGAGAUGUUUUAAUUAUUUGCAUUCUGGUUUCAAACCUGUCACGCGAAAAACUAUCAAAUCUGAUGUGCUUAAGAUGUAUAAAAGAGAGAAAGAGAAAUUAAAAGCGGUGUUGGGCUUAACUUGUAGUAGAAUUGCAUUGACUUCUGAUUGUUGGACUUCUAUAACCACUGAUGGUUAUAUUUCAUUAACAGCUCAUUAUGUUGAUAAGUCUUGGUCUUUAAUUCACUUUCAAAAAGUUGAUGCCAAUUAUGUGCAUUGUCCUUCUGCAGAAGAAUGGGGUAGAGUUGAGAAAAUAUGCAAGUUUUUGAAAGUUUUCCAUGAUGUCACACUUGCCUUUUCCGGCACCAAAUAUCCAACUUCCAAUCUCUACUUUCAUAGAGUCUUGCAGGAUAGGUUGUUGUUACAAAAUGAAAUGAAAAGUUCAAAUCUUUUUAUCCAAAGAAUGGCUUGUAAGAUGUAUGAGAAAUUUGGUAAAUAUUGGUCAGAAUUUAGUACAUUUAUGGUUGUUGCUGUGGUGUUGGAUCCACGAUAUAAGUUGCAAUGUGUCAAUUGGGGUUACAUGAGGAUAUAUGGUCAACAUAGUAUUGAAUAUCAGCUUGAUUUCUCUAAGGUUAAGGAUGCUCUACGGAGGUUGUACGAGGCUUAUGAAUCCUCUCAUUCCUCAUCAAGCAAAGCUAUUCACACUACUAAUGCUGCCAAUGAAGCUUCUGAUGAUUUUAUGAUGGAUUUUGAUAGUUUCUCUAUGGAGCAAUCAAGUGUGGCAAUCAAAUCUGAACUUGAUAUGUAUUAUGAGGAGCCACUUAUCCCUCGAGGCACCAACCUUGAUAUUUUGUCUUAUCGGAGAACUUGUUCGGUCCGUUAUCCUAUAAUAGCUAAAAUUGCCAAGGAUGUUCUUGUUGUCCCCGUAUUAACCGUGGCCUCCGAAUCAGCUUUUCGUAUUGGAAGUCGGGUGCUUAAUUGUUAUAGAAGUUCUUUAAAACCAGAAACGGUGGAGGCUAUCAUUUGCUUAAGGGAUUGGGACUUUGGGGAAGUUAAUAAAUGA